UACCCAAAAACGUGCAUGUUUACCGUCGGUUUUUACAAAUUCGCCCCAAAAUUGUUACCCAAGAUUGGUAGAAUUUGCAAUACACGUAUCCAUUUAACCCCCAACAUGACUCACAACCCUAACCUCUUAAAACCCCCAGAGCACGUGUCAGGUCUCACCACUCUGAACAAAUCUCUAUUCGAAAAAACGGUCACUUUACCUUGUCUCGUAAUAAAAGACGUGAAAAUCUCGUCAGUUCUACCCCACGUGAAGAAAUUUUUACUAAAAUUGGAUAAUUUCAAACCUGUGAGAAACAUCUCCGAAAAUGAAGCCCACAUCUACUUAAACCCGGACCUCGUGACCCGGUGGAGUGACUUAAGUGCAGACACCCCCCUUUUGACUGAGAGUAACCUACAAAUGCAAACGUGCACCCUCACGUAUGACAAUUUCUCCCUGGAAAGUGUCCUCCGAGCCGUGUUACCCCCACAAAUCGAAGGAACGUCGAGUUUCACUAAAGUGGGGCACAUCGUCCACGUGAACCUGCGCGAGCACCUGCUCCCCUACAAAGACCUAAUCGGACAAGUGUUAUACGAAAAAGUCGCCAAUUGUCGCACCGUGGUGAACAAGGUGGCUAUAAUCGACAACACCUACCGGAAUUUCAACAUGGAGGUGCUGCAAGGCGACGACGACAUGUUGACUUCAGUCAAAGAAAACAAAUGUGUGUUUGAGUUCGACUUCUCCAAGGUGUAUUGGAACUCAAGGUUGUGUACCGAACAUGAAAGAAUUGUGACCAUGGUGGCCAGUGGGGACGUGGUUUUUGACGUUUUUGCAGGGGUUGGACCCUUCUCUGUACCCUUAGCUAAAAAAAAGUGCCGAGUGUUUGCUAACGACUUAAACCCGGAGUCGUUCAAGUGGCUGAAUCAUAACCUCAAAAAAAAUAAAGUGGCUUCGGGGUGCUGUGACUCCUACAAUAAAGACGGAAAAGAUUUUAUAAUGAAUGAGGUUAGAAAUUUAUUGCCGGGGUUCUUAAACACGAAAAAAGUUUACAUUUUGAUGAAUUUACCGGCGUUGGCUGUGGAUUUUUUGGGGUGUUUUGUGGGGUUGUUUGACGAUAGUGAAUUGGCACAAGAGUUUGACGCUCCAGUGGUCGUUGUGUACUGUUUCGCUAAGGGUGAAAAUUGCGAACAAAUCGCCAAGAAUUUGUUGUUCGAGAAAGUAGGCUGGGAUAUUAGUGACAAGAUUAUCGAUUUGUUCAGAGUGCGGACUGUGAGUUCUUUGAAGGAAAUGAUGAGGAUCAGAUUCAAACUUGACCGGGAGAUUUUAGUCAAAAGUGGUAACCAAAAACGAAAACAAGCCCCUGAAAGUGGUGAUUUGACAGCCAAAAAAUGUCGCCAUGGGGAAAAACAAGAAGAAGACCAACAGCGUGUUCAAAGUGGCCGGAGCCAAGAGUCUGAAACCCAAAACCAAAGCGAAAGUGGUCAAAACGGAGCUGAAAAAGAUUAGCAUUAAAAAUAAGUCAAAAAUAUCAGAAAUUGACAAAGAAUUGGUGAAUCUGGAAGACAAAAUUAGGAGCACGAAUGAGAAAAAGGCACCAGUUAAAAAACAAGGUAAAUUGCCUUCACAAGACAGUAGAAAGUCGGAAGACGCUCAACUGCAAUCUCAGGCGGCGUUGGAUCAAUUAAAUGCCAUGCAGUUAUAAAACACCACAAAGUCAAAAAUACAAACUUCAAUAUAUUUUCCUCUUCACUAAAAAUAUGUAUAUAUAUAUAUAAUAUAUUAAAAAAAAAAACACUUAUUUAAAUAUAAAAUCACACAAUCA